UGAAAAGCUAUAUUUUUUAUAUCACGUGACUCUUGAAAUAAAUAUAAAACAGCUGGCUGUAUGUCUUGAUAUUCAUAUGUUGAGGGCACCGUUUGUAAUAAUAAAUCACGUAUUGUGAUAGUAGACGUUUCAGCUCGUUAAAAUAUGCAGGCUAGUUUGGUCAUCUUACUUGCUAUAGCAGCAUUCCACGUUGCUGACACAUAUGCACUGGCGGGGUUGGAGACUGGUUUAAGGCAGCGCACACCUUCAGUACGUGAAGUGGAAGCCGCUGUUGAGAAAGCAAGGGAGAUCAACCUUCUGAAGAGGGGAAUUAACUUAAUAGGAAGAAACUAUACUGGCCGAAGCGUCUCGAGAUGCCCUCUGUCUUUGCAUCAUGGGACACGUCAACUGAGCGACGCAAAAAUAAGCACCAGGGCGAACGAUGCCUUACUGGCAGUGCGAACUUUGAUGAUCGACGGUGGAUACAGUCUAGAAGAUUUACAGCACGAUUCAGUUCGGGAUAUUUUCAAGCGUGUAAAUGGUAUGAGUUGUGACGUCCCUCAACCCAGCAAUUGCGAUUUCCGUAGCAAGUACAGAAAUGCAGACGGGUCCUGUAACAACAGGCGCAAUCCGGAAUGGGGGAUGGCCGGAAGUGUACAACGGAGAGUUUUAUCAAACGAUUACGAUGACACUCUUGGUUCACCAAGAACAAAAGGCUUUAGAGGUCGGUCACUGCCAAACCCCAGGACUGUGAGUAACACUGUUCACCGUAAUUCAACCUUCCAGGAGACUCGGAGCGACAGACUUACUUUACAUGUAAUGGGUUUCGGACAGUUCUUAGAUCAUGACAUUGCUCGAACGCCUGAGACAGAGAUGGAGGAGGACUGUUGCGAUACAGACUUGAGAGGAGAUAUUGACAAGUGUUUCAAUAUCAUUGUGCCGCAGUUCGGCUCCGAACCAUCCCGCAUAUUUGUACCUGGGUAUUGUAUGGAAGUCAGGCGAUCAGCGCCCGUGUUCUGUCCUGAUGCUACAUCAAACGGUGUUUCUUUGAGGCAACAAACGACCACCUUAACGUCAUUUGUUGACGCAUCCAACGUGUAUGGUUCGUCUGCGUCCAGGCAAGCACAACUUCGUGAAAAUGGGAAUGGAUAUCGCUUGAAAACAGCAAUUUUCGGUAACCAGGAACGACUGCCCAAUGGUCCCAGUAAUACUUGUACUUUGACAGAUUCUUCUCAGAAUUGCUCCGCAGCAGGUGAUGGCAGAGUCAAUGAAGUGCCGACUCUGACAUCCUAUCAUUUUCUCUUCGUAAAAGAGCACAACCGAAUUGCGGACACAAUUAAAGAGUUUUACGAAACUGAUGAAACAAUCUUCCAAGAGACGAGAAGAAUACUUAUCGCGAUCAUGCAGAAGAUUGUUUAUGACGAAUUCCUGCCUUCAUUCUUCUCGCAGAAAGGAUUGGAAAGAUACAAACUGCGAAGUUCAGCGAAGUUUGUAUACAAUCCUGAUACUGAUCCAACGAUGUUGAAUGCAUUCGGCAUUGCUUUCAGAGUUGGACAUACAUGGAUACCGCAGCGAAUGCGCCUAUUCAGUAGAUCCCUUACCCAAAUCAACACUCCAGGUUUUAACAGGAAAACAGAGAACACCUUCGAAAAUCCAGACAUGACAUACUUACCAAAUGGAUUUGAAAGGCUUGCCUAUUACUUGUCUGGGAGUCAAUCUCCAGAGACUGACAGAAUUAUUGAAGAAGCCGUACGAAGCCUGCUGUUUUUGGAUACAGACAAUAACAUAGCAUUUGAUCUUGCGGCACUCAACAUCCAAAGAGGACGGGACCAUGGACUUCCGUCCUACAACAAAUACAGGACGUGGUGCGGAUUGUCCUCUGUUCGUAGCAAUUGGGAUUCUUUUUGGGGCAAUUCUGGUCUCAUUGAUCACACAAAUCGUGCAAGACGAUUGUUAAGAAAAGCUGGUUAUAAAUCACCACUUGAUAUCGACCUGUUUGUCGGCGGACUAACGGAGACUCCACUAAGCGGCGGGAAUCUUGGACCUACGUUUGAGUGUAUAAUUGGGCGGCAGUUCCAACGGCUGAAAUUCGGCGACAGACUCUGGUACCAGAACAAAGAUGCUGGAUUCACAUACGAUCAAAUUGCAGCUAUACAAGGAUAUUCAUUAUCCAAAGUUCUUUGCAACAACUACAACUUCGAAAGAGUCCACUUUCCGAGUGCAUUUGAAUCACGGUAUGUUCCUCCAUCAUGAUGUUUUUACACACUGACUUUUUCUGUCACUACAAUAAUAUUA